UGUAUGCUGGAAAGUUUACAAAUCAAAAUCAUAAGUGAGUGUCAAAUAUGCUUUAGCGACGGCUCCAUCCAAUGGGUGCAGAGUCAAGGCGUAUUUAGCCAUCUACAUGAUUUAACCUGUGGCUCCGUUGUUUACCAUCAUAUUAGUAUACCUAGCCUAGCCGAUUCAACCCAUCAAAAACGUUACUUUUUCUUAGCGUCUAUUCAUUGUAGGCAUAAAAUAGCGAGAAACCUUCUUUAUGGAACAGAACAGCGCGAAUAGGCAGGUCAAAAUGAUCGUUUGAUACCAAACCACACAUCAAAAAUGACAAUGAGAAUCGCAGCUGGUAAAAACACAAAGUUGGGAGGACGUUAUAAUGUUUAUUGGAAUGUUCCUACAGAAUCAUGUCACAAACGUGGCUUCAAUUUUUCACACUUAAAUGAAAUUGGAAUUGUGCAGAACACAGGCGAUUUGUUUAAAGGAGAUAAAAUAGUGAUUUUGUAUGAUCCUGGCUUAUUUCCAGCAAUUAUCAACGGCAAUGAUAGAAACGGUGGAAUUCCGCAAAACGGCGAUAUCGAACUCCAUCUCAAAAAGUUAAAAAGCGAUUUAGAUAAGUUUGUACCAGAUAAAAAAUUCAAUGGUAUUGGAAUUAUUGACUUUGAACACUGGAGACCAAUCUGGAAGGAAAAUUGGUCAUCUCUCGACAUCUACAGAAGAAGAUCAAUAGAAAAUGAAAGAAAGAAACAUCCCUUUUUGACCAAUGGAGAAAUUGAAAAAAAGGCUCGUGCUAGUUUUGAAAAAUUUGCAAAUUCAUUUAUAACAAAGAGUUUGAACUUGGUCAUAAAUGAACGGCCAAGGGGAAAGUGGGGCUAUUAUGCCUUUCCGUACUGUUUCAAUUUUACACCAAAAAACCCUCAGAUGAAGUGCAAUCGUGAAGUACAGAAAGAUAACGACAGGUCACAAUGGAUGUAUCGAAUAAGCCAGGUUUUGUACCCUUCUUUAUACUUGCAACAAAAUAAGCUAAGUGUAGAUAAGAGAGCAAAACUCAUCCAAGGGCGAACUGAGGAAGCAAUAAGAAUAUCAUUAAAAGGGAAAAAUGUUAUAGUCCUACCAUAUAUCAGUUUCAAAUACCAAGAUACUUUUAACUUCUUAGAAAAGGCUGACAUGAGCAACAGUAUUCUUAUACCAAAAAAAGUUGGAUCAUCAGGAGUAGUCAUUUGGGGCUCGACGAAAGAUGUCAAUACAAAUAAGAAAUGUGAAAAAUUAGAUCAAUAUACAAAAGAAGUAAUUUAUGCAGUCAUGAAGAAAAUUAAUGAUUGAAGUCAAUAGAAAUAAAGGUGUUAAAGAAAUUUAUUGUAACUAUACAAUGUAACUACAAUAUAUCAUUAAGAACAAAAUGUGCUUUUUAUUAAUUUACCAAUAAAAUGAAACUUAUUAUAUCACGCAACCAAAAAUCUAUAUGCUAAGAUAUACAUAUAUAAAAGAAAAAAAAUGGUAAUCAAAUUUCUAAGAUAUUAAACUUAUAGAACAAAAGCAUAUAAUAUAUAAAUACAGAAGUAACAGAAUCAUUAUAAACUUUAUUUUUAUACUUCUUACAUACCCAAUUUCAAAAGUAAUUUAUUCUGGUGAUAUAAAUUGAAUUCAUAUAAUACAAUAUGUUCACCUAACUUUUAUAUUAUCAUAUACUUUGUGAAAUCUUUAGUUUAGCAUGUACAUUUAUUUAUUUAUUUUUUUUUUUAGAAUUACUAGAUGUUAAUUUUCAAUUAUCACCGAAACAAAUGUAAAUGUACAUUAUUGAUUUUAAGUUCACCAUUAUUCGCAAAUAUUUUUUGAGUAGUUAAUUUGUUUUUAAAUAGAUGCUAAGAUAUAUAGAUGCUAAGCAAUUGAGAGAAAGAAAAACAACAAAAUGAGCAUCUUUUUUCCCUCGUUUUAUCAAUAAACUCAAUCAUUCU